UGUUCAAAUUACUGAAAUUUUUUGUUUAAAAAAAACCCUCAGAAUAAUUAAGUAAACAAUCCUCCAGUCGUCUAGUUAGCAACAACACACACUAGCGGCUGAACCCGGAAGUAUGAGCUGUAGCUCAGAGUCUUCUUCUCCACUCCCAUAGUGCACUACAAUGGGGACGAAACAAUGGCGUCUACAGCCUAUAUAGUGCACUCUAUGUUCAAGAUGGAGUCGUUUGGGAUACAGCCUAAAUUUUGAGUAACUUGAGCGCGGAAAUUAACUUGGACACAAUGGAAUAAAUUGUGUGCAGUGGGACAUGGCGGUCAGUUUUGGUGAAACUGAUUUACCUAACAUGGUGUUCUUUGAUUUGGAGACUACUGGUCUUGGGCCCUCAUGUGACAUUGUUCAGCUUGCAGCGGUGAGCGGUCAUCACACAUUAAACCUCUUCAUGGUUCCUCGAUGCAGGAUGGAGCCUGGUGCUUCCAGAAUCACCGGCUUCAGAGUACGGCGUCAUCGACUCUUUCUUCACCGCAGACCGGUGCUCACCAACUCACUGAAGGAAGCCCUGGUGUCCUUCAUAACCUUCCUUCGUAUGUUUGGACGCCCGCUGCUGGUGGGUCACAACAUUCGCAGAUUUGAUUGCCUUGUACUGGCCAGAGUUUUGGACGAGUUUGACCUGAAAGCAGUCUUCCAGGCUGGAAUUGUGGGCUUUCUGGACAGUCUCCCAUUGACCCGGCAGCUUCUCAAGCACCGUGGUGUCCACAGUUUUAAGCAGGAGAACUUAGUUAAGACUGUGCUUGGGGUUUCCUAUGCGGCUCAUAAUGCCUUGGGUGAUGUCCAGGCCCUACAGAAGCUUUACUGGGCUCUGGGACCCAGAGCCAGUCAGAUUCAGCAGCACAUUUUCAGCUUGGACUCACUGUGUAAACGCUCGAAAGACAGAAUAACUUGUGUGAACAGCAAAUCGGACAGCAACGGUGAAGUCCAACUACUACAGUCCUAAAAUUGGGAGUUUAUUGUUGAAAUGGCUCAACUGAUCCUCCAGCACAAUAAUAUAUGUAAAGUUUACUGCAUGUUACAACUUUAUGGUGAAUCGGUCCAUUUCAAAUGCAUUAUCAGCGAGUUCUGAGUGGACAAAAUUUCAAACUUAGCACUUUGUUUUUAAAGAAUAUUCAUAAAAUUCGAAUAAAUGUUUAUUUAACUACAAUGUGUGCUGUAUCAGGUGUUUGUAGUUGUUUGGAUUGAAUUACAGUUUUGGUCAGCAUGAUUCCAAAUUCGAAUAACCUGUCCGUAUAGGAUUUCCAUCCACCCAUCUUCUAUACCGCUUAGCCUUCCUUCAGGGUCACGGGGAACCUGGAGCCGAUCCCAGGGAGCAUCGGGCACAAGGCGGAGUACACCCUGGACGGGGUGCCAAUCCAUCGCAG